AUGGACAGGAAAGACAGGACAGACAGGACGCUUUUGUCCGCCCUUGGGACCUCGUCUCCUGCCUCCUCAGGAUUCAACUCUGUUGUAUCUGCGCGACCCGUCUCCUUUCAUUGGGAUGAUUAUCAGAGCCUUGAGGAGGACCAGGAUGAUUCAAGUGACCAGGACGACUUUGACUAUAAGACUCGCUAUCGUCAUCAUCGGCCUCCACGCCAAGAGAAGUAUCCACAAAAGUACCCGCAAAAGUAUCAGCAGUACGAGUCUGACGACGACGACGACGACGACGACGACGAAAUAGAAGUAGGAGGCACGGAGGCAGAUGAGGAUGACGAGGACAGGAUGCGGCGGGCUUAUCAGCGUCAGUUUGAGGGCCACCACUCGCUUGUGCGUCGGCGGUCUUCUUUUGGUGGACGUGGAAAUGGUGGCGGCCAUGGGGUUGACUCGUAUUCUGAGGACAGCAAAUACGACUCGGUGCGACAUGGGAUCGGUCAGAGUGUCUCGGAUGUGAGCGAGGAGUUGACUAAGGCUAGGAUGGCUAUGAAUAGGGCGAGUCAGGCCAUGAGGAGCAUGGAGGCGGAACUGAAAGCCAUGCAACUGAGUAUCGAUGAGAGCAAGGCCUCAAGUGCUUCUGCUAGGUCGGCAAUCGAAGAGAAUUUUUGGCGGCUAGAGUGUCUCGCAUUGACGCUGGAGAAGGAUAAACAGGACAUGAGCAAGCAGCUGCAGGCCGCCGGGAAGGAUACCCACCAAGCAGUCGAGACAGUUACCAACUGGGAAGUCAGGAUCGAUUGGCUGGAACGGCGUGUCGAAAACACCUCUGAGUAUGUCUCUGAGCUGGUGCUCUCGGAACAGGAGUGCAUGUCGUUCAUCAAGAUGAUCAUCCAGCAGAACCAACGCUACGCCAUGCCAGCCAUCUCCAAAGCGACCGAGCGGAAUAUCAAACUCAUGGCUCCCCCCAAACAACGAGUCAUUUCUCCUUCACCCAUGCGUCCCAUGUCACCCGCGCCUGCUCACUCUAUCCAACCAUCGCCUUCGCCACCACCCCCGCCAUUCGCUUCAUCAAGGGUCGGUCAUAUCCCGAUUUCUUGGCUUCUCGAACCUAUCCUCCCACCAAGACCGCCAGACCUUUCUUCUGCACGGGUGACAGAACUGCAUGAGUCGGCGAACAGCUCGGAUUCGAGCUCGACUCGCAAUGCUGAUCCACCAGCAGAGUUUUGGCGAGACUUUUCACGACUGACGAGGGCGUUUGAGACCGGUCAGCAACGGACUCCCUUCUCACCUUUCCAGAGGACCAGGACCCGUAGCGCCAGCCAGGGCUAUGGCUCAUCCGCACCCAACUUCCAGCAAGGAUCCUCGUCCUCCUCCAUCAAUAGCAGCACCAAUACCAGCGGAGUUGGCAGUGGCGGAAACAGUCUCUUCAAACAAGCCAUGGUCCGUCGCCCCCAAGUCGAAGCCCUUUCCCCCAUGCCCAAGAUCCUCCCACCCGCAGUAUCAGCAUCCAAGAUGGCCAAUCCCAAACAACGCGGCCAGAAUCUAGCCCACCUCCCUGUUCACUCCUGGCUCCAGUUCCAGUUCAACAAGACCAUGACGACUCCUGGACCCUUGGGCAAGAAGAAGAAGACGAACGUUCUUGGAUUCCAACCGAUUACCAUCUUCCAGACUACUACUGAUGGACUCUCGUUUGUGCCUCGUCAUGGUACUAGCAUGAAGCGGUAG